AUGGACGUUGGGAACCAUACGAAGAUCCAUCACAUCACUGCCCAUGGAACCACAACUCUAGAAGUUGUCUACACCAAUGAAGAAGCUAUUGUGGAGCGAAUCCUAGCCAUGUAUGAGAAAUGGCUCGAGAAGGAGAAGAACAUGUUCGUUGGACUCGACCUCGAGUACACCCCACGUAGCACGUGCAAGCGACAGGAGAUGGCCGUCGUGCAAAUCGCCAUGCGGCAGCAUGUCCUCGUGUACCACUACAACAGUUCCUUCAAACAUUGUCAGGCUCUAAACAAUUUUUUUGAGCGCAAGGGUAUUACUUUCGCGAGCAUUGACACUAGGAACGACAAGGUCAUGCUUGCCUGA